CCCGUUUUGCCUUAGCCAAAUGCGAGGUGAGUCGAUGGCUUCCGACGAAAAUGGCAAUUUUGUAUUAUGCCCAGAGCUGAAUUGUAACCGAGCGAUAAGGCCACUCGACGCGAACUUCAUUAGUCCGGCAACCGAUCAAAUCGCCGCAGCUCCAAUUGCCCGUCCGGACCCACAAAUUGAACUCGACGCGGCCCGCCAACGAAUUUCGAGGUAUGAAUACAUCAUGGAAAAUUAUCGCGAAUCGGUGCAAGAUAGAGAUGCGACGAUUCGCCGCUUACAAAAUCAAUUGCAGCACCAGCGAGAAGUCAAUCGCCAACUACGUAACGAGAACGCUACGCUCGUAAAUCGUAACCAAGCUACCAGGCCGCCGCGAGUCAAUGUAGCCAGUCGCAAUAUGCCUAAUCGUAACGCAGCUGUUACUAGUACCACCGAUCAGCGACGUGUAUCCACGACUUCGACGACUUCGACGAAUACCGAUACGACUCCGGCAAAUACCGCCACAAACGCGGUGACGACUUCGACGACCAACGCCACGAACGUGACAUCGCCGACACCUGGUAUGUCUUCUGGAAACGUAGCGACCGUACGGCCUUUCGAUAAUGCUACGUCUCACCGCCGACCUACGAAUUCGCACGCUGCUGCCGCAUUGUCCAACUACGAAUACGAUACGCCGAUGCGAGAUCUACCCCAAUAUAAUGCAGAUGGAUCGAUCGCAACCAUGGGCUUCCGACCCCUUCGAUCUGGUCCAGCGCCAAGCAACGACAGAUACGAGGCGAUUCCACCUACCGCACGCAAUCCAACGAGCAAAUUCAUCACCGAGCCUGCGAAACCUGCCGAGAAACAAAGACCGCAUUGCAUGGCAAAUCUUUCGAAAAGCCACAAUCGUUUCUACAAAAAAUUCAAGAUCGACUCCAAAAUGCUCAAGCCAUUCUAUCCGCUCAACGCCCUACCUCACGAGUUUACGACACUUGGCGUAUUCGUCGGCGAAAAUGACGCGAGAUCGGCGGUCGCCGCACAAGACGUGUUAUUGGCUGGUGAUGGAUUUGUGCUAGGUGUAGCUGAAUGGAUUAUGUACCAACGCGAUAUACGCGAAUACAUGCAUCCCGGUCUGUAUGGACGCGAGAUUCGUAUUCGAGAAUUCAUCAGCACGCUCGCAAGUUUCAAACGGCUACCGCCUCGCCUCAUCAUCUCCAUUGGUAAUCUUGAUGCGUUCGAUAAUUUCGACAGCGAAGAAUUCAAAGAACUAUUUCGCAGAUUAAUCAAGAUUUGCCGCGACCGCGGAGUGCGUGAAAUUUACGCUGUGCCAAUUAUUCAACACGCGGAGCAAGAUGAAACUGUAUACGCUUCGGUCAUGUCAGUGUUUGAGGUGAACUACAGCACCAUGCUCGGCGGACGCUACGCAUUGAUCGACCCUUAUCCGUGGUUCGUGAACUACACCCCGACAGUAGGUGAACGACCUCCCAUGUACACGAUACAGGAACAUGAGGAGUUCGCGGUAUGGAUACGGCACACGUUCAUUCCGCCAACCAACGAUGCCAGCGAGGCAAUACGUCAACGGUAUCGAGAACCCGAAAAUCUUCUUCGCAACCCGACGGCAGAAUCGCAGUCCGAAAAUGAAUCUUCGUCGACGACUGACAACCGCCAGCUGACGCAUGGCCCAGCUUCGACGUCGCGCGACGCUCAGCCGCACCAGGCCGUCAACGAUUUGACUGAAGACGAUGCCCAACCUGGCCCAUCGACGAAAGCCGCACACACCGAGAGUUGGGUAAACCUUACCGCCGGCCAAGACUCCGAAAACCAUACCAACGACGACGUUUCAACGGCCGAAGAAAAAAUUGACGAAAGCGAAGGUUUUUCGGGCGUUCGAGCGAACGAACAGGAAGCACGGCCACCAACGCCUCAACCGGAUAACAACGACGAUGCCGAUAACGAUUCUGUCGAUUCCAAACUCCAUAUUGACGAGGACAUGAAAUCGCUAUCUACCACGGUCUCAGAGCUGAGCGACGAUGAAAAUCAGCAAGCUGAAAAUACUGGAAAAACCGACGGCGAUGCGACAACCGCUCCAAAUCUAACCACGGACGAAGAAAUGCUCGAAUAAGGUUCGUUUGUACAAUUUAUCAAUUUCAAACUAACAGCAUGAUAUUGACGUACGUCAUUGUUAUUGCUUACGUUUGCAUGGUACUAUGAAGCUCAUGCUGGAAAAAUGUAGACCAGAAACAAAAUUGAAAAAGAGGAAUUGUCCCAUCUCUAUUCAAAAUCAAUACUCGUACGAGUAAUUUUGCAUCGAUCUUUUGGUAAUAAAUUUUAAAAAUUUGGCAAAUAAUAACUCUUAUCGAUGCGA